CACCCCCCACAGCUGAGAAACGACUCUGCUGCACCAGGUGACUGGCAGGACAAGAAGCACACCCUGAGGGAAUUGAUGAAGACCAACAUGCACCAAAGUCCAUUGUGAGAGAGAAAGUCAGUUUGCCUGCAGCCAUGAGCCAUCCAACCCCACCUGCCACAGAGCUGCCCACAAUACCAGGGGACAUGACAGUGGCCUUUGGGGUGGCAGACAUCAUCGUUGUGGUUGUUUACUUUGCCUUUGUCCUCACUGUUGGGAUAUGGUCAUCAAUAAGAGCAAGCCGGGGGACCAUUGGAGGCUAUUUCCUAGCUGGAAGAUCCAUGACUUGGUGGCCUAUUGGAGCAUCCUUGAUGUCAAGCAACGUGGGCAGUGGCUUAUUCAUUGGCCUGGCAGGCACUGGAGCAGCUGGAGGCCUUGCUGUUGGGGGCUUCGAGUGGAAUGCUACCUGGGCACUUCUGGCUCUCGGCUGGAUCUUUGUGCCUGUUUACAUCGCAGCAGGAGUUGUCACCAUGCCUGAGUACCUGCAGAAGAGAUUUGGAGGGCAGAGGAUUCAAAUCUACAUGUCCGUACUGUCCCUCAUUCUCUAUAUAUUCACCAAGAUCUCCACAGAUAUUUUUUCUGGAGCAUUGUUCAUCCAAAUCUCUUUGGGAUGGAACCUCUACUUGUCCACUGUAGUCUUGCUAGCAGUGACUGCUGUCUACACCAUAGCUGGUGGCUUAACAGCUGUGAUCUACACAGACGCACUGCAGACCCUGAUCAUGGUUCUGGGAGCUUUGGUCCUCAUGUUCAUAGGAUUUGAAAAAGUUGGCUGGUAUGAAGGACUUCAGGAAAAAUACAGCACAGCAAUACCAAAGAUCAUAGUCCCAAACACAACCUGCCACCUCCCACGUGCAGACGCCUUUCAUUUGUUCAGGGAUCCAGUCACAGGAGAUAUUCCUUGGCCUGGCCUUGUGUUUGGCCUCUCUGUGCUGGCUCUUUGGUGCUGGUGCACCGACCAGGUGAUAGUCCAGAGGUCUCUCUCUGCCAAGAACCUCUCCCAUGCCAAAGGUGGAUCAGUGCUCGGAGGAUAUCUGAAAAUCUUCCCUAUGUUUUUCAUUGUCAUGCCAGGAAUGAUCAGCAGAGCUCUUUACCCAGAUGAAGUGGGCUGCGUGGACCCAGACAUCUGUAAAAGGGUCUGUGGAGCUGCAGUGGGUUGUUCCAACAUUGCCUACCCCAAACUUGUGAUAGAACUCAUGCCUGAUGGGCUCCGGGGUUUGAUGAUUGCUGUGAUGAUGGCAGCCUUGAUGAGUUCCCUCACCUCUAUUUUCAACAGCAGCAGCACUCUUUUCGUUAUAGACAUCUGGCAACGGAUCCACAGAAAGGCUUCAGAGCAGGAGCUGAUGAUUGUGGGCAGGGUCUUUAUCCUCAUCCUUGUAGUCAUCAGCAUUCUCUGGAUCCCCAUCAUUCAAUCAGCCAACAGCGGCAAGCUCUUUGACUACAUUCAGUCCAUAACCAGCUAUUUAGCCCCACCCAUCACAGCUCUCUUCAUCCUGGCAAUCUUCUGCAAGAGGAUUAAUGAGCCUGGUGCUUUCUGGGGCCUCAUGGCUGGGCUAGCUGUUGGUCUUGUUCGGAUGAUCAUGGAGUUUAUUUAUAGCACCCCAUCUUGUGGUGAGGAGGACAGAAGACCAGCUGUGCUAAAGGACUUACACUACCUUUACUUUGCCCUCAUCCUCUGUGUCCUCACUGCAGCUGUCAUUGUCCUUAUUAGUCUCUGCACCCCACCAAUCCCUGAGGAAAAGCUUGAUUGCCUGACGUGGUGGACAAGAAACAGAAAAGUCCCUGCCAUUGACCUGAACUAUUACAAGAAUGAAGCAGCACAGAUCAACUCAGCCAGUGGAGAGAGUGACUUAGCCCAAACUGCAGCUGCAGGUGAUAAGGAGGAGGCAGCAGCCAAGCCUCCCUGCUGGAAAAUGCUGUAUUUAUGGUUCUGUGGUCUGUCCACUGGCCCCACACCCACCCUGUCCCAGGAGGAGAGAGCUGCCCUGGAGAGGAAACUCACCAGCAUCGAGGAAAAGCCCCAGUGGAAGACUGUUUGCAAUAUUAAUGCAGUUCUCCUGCUGACCAUUAAUGUCUUCCUGUGGGCAUACUUUGGUUGAGAAGAGGUCAGCUAGAAUGUGGCCUUGCUUUCUCUCAGGGAAUCCUCAUCUUCAUAUGUAAGGUAGAAGCAUCUGGUGACAGAGACCCUGGUGAUGUUCCCAUAAGCACUGGCGUACCUUGGUGCAGCCCUUCCCUGGAGGCACUGCUUGCUGGAAGUGACUGUGGGGCUCAUUUCCAGAGUGCAUGGGAUGUGUGGGACAGCAUAUAGGUCAAACUAGGAGACGUGGGGGCAGUUUUAAAGGCGCAGAGCUAAGCCCAGCAAGGGGCAGAAGGUUUGAAAAGCCCAUCUGUGGCAUGGCUGUGUCUCCACUCCCCUCUGGUACCAGCUCAGGGCUGAUUUCCUACCACUGCUCUUACAGGAGUGACCUCUGAAGGAAUUCUGGUUUACAAUGCUGUGGGGUAAGAGACUUAAGGAUUACCUGCAGCUUUUUAUACAGCCAAAAUCUAGGUAAGGUUAGUGUGGGACCACUGAAUUAGACCAGCAAUGAGAACCUGGACUCUCACAGUCAUUCCACAAUCUGUGCUGGACCAUCUCUGCUCCCCCAACCCCACUGGCACCAGCACAGGGGACAGAGGCUUCCCUUAAGCCCUCAACCCUGCACACUGCUAUGUGACAGUAGGUCUUACAACAGCCUCAGCCUGGUUACUCACUAGGCCAGUGCUGCCCCUUAACAGCAUUACCAGCAAUAAAGGUG